AUGGCGAUCAAAAGCGUAGCCGUUAUCGGCGCCGGUCCGGCGGGCGCCAUUGCCGUCGAUGCGCUAUCACAAGAGAAGGCAUUCGAUGUGAUCCGUGUAUAUGAAAGACAAGAGAAAGCCGGUGGAUGCUGGGUCUCAAGAGACGAUGAACCACCACAGAAAUUCGAUUUCGACGGUCUAGCCGCGCGAACGGCGGACGCGCCGCUGGAGAUUCCAGAGCAGCUGCCGUGUCGGACACCUGUGGUGUCGCAGGAUCGGUUUACGGAUUCAGCGGUGUACCCGACGCUAGAGACGAAUGUGAAUGCGGGAGCCAUGUCGUAUUCUCAGGAAGAGAUUCCUACAGUUCGCUCGCGGUGGUCGAUUGAGCGACAUGGCGAGGAUACGCCGUUCCGGCACCAUUCGGUUAUUCGGAAGUAUAUUGAGGAUCUGUUUGAUCGGAAGGGAUAUCAGGAUCUGGUUCAGUAUAACACUACUGUUGAGCGGGCGAUCAAGGAUUCCCGCAGCCAGAAAUGGGUGCUUACGUUCCGCCGGACGGAGAGUCUGGAUGGUGCUCGAUCGGAUUACUGGUGGUCCGAGGAGUUUGAUGCGGUGGUUGUGGCCUCGGGUCAUUACGCGGUGCCAUUUAUCCCUGUGAUUCCUGGGUUGAAGGAGUAUGCGGCGAGGUAUCCUGGGAGUGUGCAACAUACUAAGAACUAUCGGGGACCGGAAAAAUAUCGGGGCAAGAAAGUUAUUACCGUUGGGGCGUCUGUUUCGGCUGCCGAUACUGCGGUCAGUUUGAUUGAGAGUGCCCAGGCACCGGUGAUUGCCGUUGUUCGUGGUCGGUAUAACGCCUACUUUGGCGAUGAUGCGUUCCAGCAUCCGAAGAUCCAGCGCCGCCCGCCUAUCUCACACAUCACGAGUAAUGAUCAAGGCGAGCGAACGGUGCAUUUCGAAGACGGCACUUCUGAACCCAAUGUCGAUUAUAUCAUUUUUGGAACAGGUUUCAGUUGGACAUUGCCUUUCUUGCCCCAGGUUGCCACGAGGAACAACCGCGUGCCCGAUUUGUACCAGCAUGUCUUUUAUAGACAUGACCCAUCGCUGGUUUUUGUUGGCGCUGUCGGUGCUGGGUUGACCUUCAAAGUAUUCGAAUGGCAAGCCGUGGCUGCCGCACGUGUCCUGGCUGGCAAGGCCACCCUUCCCGCCAUCGCAGAACAAGAAAAGUGGGAAAAGGAGCGUAUCGCGCUAAAGAGUGACGGUCCAGGAUUCACAGUGCUGAAUCCUGAAUUCGAGCCCUACUUCGAGGCACUCCGCAAUCUAGCCGGAGACCCCCAGCCAGGCGCCCCAGGACGCCGACUGCCCCGAUUCGAGCAAAAAUGGCUCGAUGACUUCAACGAGGGCCACGAACGGAGAAAGAAAAUGUGGCGUCGAGCCAAUGCAACAGCCCGGUUAUAG